UCCCUUUCACGUACAAAAACUAGUAGCGGUAAUUUUAUAUCGUACAAGAAAAAAAUGGAGAGAAAUAAUGUUGGUCUUCUUCCGUACAAUUUUGAGCCAUAAUAUGAUUCUUUAGAGCUUCUUGAAAUCCAAAAUCAAAUUAAUGAGCAAUCAUUGCAACGAAAUGAAGUGUUAGAACUGGACGAUUUUUGUUCUUGUGGAAACUGUUGUAUGAUGACAAAUCCUUGGGAAAAUGUAUGUUGUAAUGGCUCCGACCUAACGAUCGGUAAUCUGGAUGAUAUGGAAUGCAUUACAGAGCACCCUGCAUUUGAAAGAGUGGUUCUUGAUCGUACUGUUCUAGAAGUGGCCUUCAUCCAAAUACUGAUGUACAAACGCAGUAGAGCUAGGGCUCCUGAUGAACUCAGUAACACUCAAUACAGACUUGCAGCAUACAGGCAGUUUGUCAGUUUAAUGAUGAAAGGUGAAAAGCUCGGAAAAGGAAACAGAGUAGUUAUCCCAUCUUGUGUGACACAAAAAAUAAGAUCAGAAUUUCCUUCAAGUGACAACACAUACUGUGGAUUUAAGUCUAUUCUUGACAGCAUGAAUGAACUUUUUCAAUAACUUCCAUGUAUUUGAUUGAAUUUGAAUUAGAUAUAAAAUGCAAACUAUCAAAGAACAUUUUACAUUUCUGAAGUAAUGAUAAGUGUUUCUUUUUUCUUUUUUAUUGUUUCAUAAUAUUUAUAUAAAUAAAAAAAUGACUAACAUGA